GUUGUAUAAGGUUGACCGGAAGCAAACUGAACAGGGGACGCGGCACCCCCUGUAGCACAUGCAGAAUGAACUAUAUUGUUUUUAUUUUUGACAAGGGCCGAAGGGAUUGAUAAUGCAGCGCAUCACAUGCUUUGCAACGUACCGUGAACUUGGAGGGAUUGUGGGGUGCAAACCGUUGGCCUGUCCUUGGAAGAGGAACCCUCCUGCUAACCAGACCCCAUUCAGCUCCUGGGCGUUUCUACAACCAAGCUGCCGACCCCUGGAAGGGACACCUUCUUAUAUCAACUUGCAUCUGAGGAGACAAAAUACACUAUUUGUCUGUCAGAGAUUCAGACAGUACAGCAGCGACAGUGACAAUGAGCCCAAGACGUCGAGACGACCAGAAAUAUCUGUCGUGGGCAUUCCAGAUCCCAUCACAUGGAUACGAAAUAAAAUCAUAAUGAUCUUCGUCGAACUCUAUUUUGAUUUCAAUAUUUCUAGCGUGGAAUUUGAUACUGGAGUGAAGCAGGCUGUGGUCCACGUCUCUACAAUGGUCUCCAAAGGCAGAUUCGCGGAUUUGAGGGGUGUUAUGUCUGAUGAGGCGGUUGAAAGAGUCAAGAGGAAAUACAAAACACUAUCAGAUGUCCAGAAAAGAAACAUAGCCAUCUCUUCAGAUGAUAUUGUAUUUGUACUCCCUGAAGACGUCUCUGUGAUCUUUGAUAAUAGAGGGAGGAAGUUUUGUUACGUCAUGAUGCGCUUGUGGCACCUGUCAGAUGCAGAUAUCCCCGAGGAUCCUGAGAGCACUCGGAUCUUCAGCAUAGAGGAUACUGGAGAGGAGUCCUCAAAGAAGAUUGUGACCGCCGUGUACGAGUUUCACCGGGAGCUGACCAGGGGAGUCGAACCUGACUGGACGGUCACCCACAUCUGGCACUGGAAACAGCUGGAGUGACGCGCAUGCCUCAUCAAACGGUGCCUCGCAUCGGAGGACGUUCUGGAUGUUCGCCACACUCCAUGUUCUCCCUGCAGCCUCACGCAGAUCGACACUAACCAGAACUCCUCCAAACCUCAGGAUAGUCACCACUUGCACAACCUCAACGGAACCAAGCCCCUCCUGAAAAAGCAUCACUAACGCUGGACUGCAGGAGUCGCUUGGGCAGGUUGAUGUGGGGCAAUACCUGGUAUAAUUCCUGUGUGUUUUUUCAAGUGUACACUUGGAACACAUUCAACUUCUCUUUACCUCAGUUGGCAAAACAGCUUUUUUUUUUUUGCAAUAGCUGAUCUGUUUGGGCUUAACGUCAUGCGGUUACACACAGUUUGCUCAAACACAAUAAAUUAUUUCAUGGGUUAACCAAA